AACAUCAUCAAAAUUUACUAUUCUUAAAUUGAAAUAUAAAAAUCGGGAAAAGUAGGGACAAAAAUAGUACGCAUUUUUAAAUGAUGUAUGUUUUUAAAUGAAGAAGAAUUAGUAGAGAAUUAAGAAUAUAGUGAUUAAUUAUUAUUAGAAUACUAAUAAUUAAUGGACAGCUGUUGAAUUUUCUUUAAAAUGUAUGUCACAUUCGUCGUCAAGGAAACGCAGAUUGCGUCGCUGCAUCUAAUGUCUAAAUAUAACAACAUCGUUAUGCACCACUCUAUAAAGUUUUCUUCCUCUUCUGUGCCAUCCCAUGGCAAAAUAUAUUGUGUUUAUAUUACCGUUCAAUAAAUCAAAAUUGUUUUUAUAAAAUUCAGCAUUUCGAGAAAAUUAAACCCUCUCAAUAACAACUUGUUCCAAAUCGAAACAGAGUUGGAAAAAUGUCCUCUAGCUGUUUUUAUUAAAAUCUCACUAAUUCAUUUUCGAUAACUAUUUUCUAGCUUCGGAGCAAUCUAAGAAUAAGAAAUUAUUCUACUUUGAAAUUACCUUUUGCAGCCCGCUGUUAGAUAAACACAAAUAAACACAAAUAAACACAAUUUAUGCGAAAAACUUGAAAGCACUUCUACAAGUUUGUUUGCAGCAUGUCAAUCUGGUUCAAGUAUUCUUUGAAAAUUUAAAAAUAAUUUUACUAUGCUGCUCAGGUACUUAUUGGUUUUACUACUCCCAGGCAUUUUUGGAUUUAAAAACAUACGUAUAGGAGUCAUUUUCGAUGGUGAUCCAAUAAUUGAAGACAUCUUCAACAUUUCAGUGAAGAUGGUCAACAGAAAUCGAAAUUCUGAUCAUUUUUUACCAGCGGAGAAAAUCAUAGCUGAAAAACGAUUGGUUGCUGCUGAUGAUGUGUACGAUACAUCUGAAAAAGUCUGUGAACUCCUGGAUGUGGGCGUAGCUGCAAUUUUCGGACCCCAAAGCAAAGCCAGUUCUAGCCACGUACAAAGCAUGUGUGAUGCUAUGGAAAUCCCGCACGUUUCCACAAAUAUGGAACCCUAUGCGGAGAGACUGAAGGCCAUAAAUAUGUACCCGCACGUCAAAACACUCUCCAUGGUGUUCUAUCAUUUGAUAAAAAAUUUCAAAUGGAAAACUUACACGAUUUUAUACGACACUGACGACAGUUUAAUCCGCAUGACACCGCUUCUUACGAACUAUGGAACAACUGGUUAUACGGUUACAGUUCGCCGAUUGGAAGGAGAGAAUUACAGACCUGUACUCAGAGAUGUGAAAAAAUCAGUAGAACAAAACGUUAUUUUAGAUUGUGACAUAGGAAUUCUGCUCGAGGUUCUAACACAAGCUCAACAGGUCGGACUAAUAGCGGAUAAAUAUAAUUUCAUCGUUUGCACUUUGGACUUACAUACACUGAAUAUUCAGCCUUUCCAAUACUCCGGAAUGAACUUUACCGCAGUUCGAAUAGUCGAUCCCGAUGAUUAUACGACUCGAAAAAUUAUAGAAGAUUUUUUUCAACCCAAAGGAAUAACAGAUGCCAGUCAGUUUACUCUGGAGCAGGCACUAAUGUUCGAUGGUGUUCAACUGUUUGCCAGAGCUUUUAAACAGCUCAGCGAUGCUGUCAAAAUUAACAUUAAAAAGCUACCUUGCAACGGAUUAGAAAAUUGGGAGCAUGGGAUAAGUCUCAGUAAUUUUAUGAGAGCUUCGGAAAUGCGCGGACUCACGGGUUUGGUGAAAUUCGAUACGUCGGGAUUUCGCAGUGACUUCCAGCUUGAUAUACUGAAUGUCGGUUGGAACGGUAUUAGGAAAAUAGGGACUUGGAAUAGCACUACUAAUAUUGACUGGAUACCAGAAACGACUCUAUUCGAUCCCAAUGCUGAUUUGAGUCUUAGGAACGUGACCUUUAGAGUCCUCAUAUCGCUGACAAAGCCGUAUGCCAUGUUGAAGGAAUCGUCUUUCAAAAAAACGGGAAACGAUCAAUUUGAAGGUUUCGGAAUUGACGUUAUUGUCGAACUCAGCAAAGCCUUAGGUUUCAAUUACACGUUUAUACUGCAUGACCCGGAAUACGGGAAAUUCGACAACAAGACUGGCCAGUGGACUGGAAUGAUUAGGAAGAUAAUGGACAAUGAUGCAGAUUUGGCAAUAACAGAUUUGACCAUCACAGCUGAACGUGAAAGCGUAGUUGACUUUACAAUGCCUUUUAUGAACCUUGGAAUAAGUAUCCUUUUUACGAAACCGAAAAAGGCCUCACCAAGCUUGAUGUCCUUCUUGUCGCCCUUCUCCAACGAAGUGUGGCUUUACGUAAUCGGCGUCUACGUAUUUGUGUCAAUCGAGUUCUUCAUAAUUGGCAGAAUGUGCCCAGACGAGUGGACCAAUCCCUACCCCUGUGUCGAGGAACCGGAAAAUUUGUAUAAUCAGUUUUCGCUGAAAAAUGCUCUGUGGUUUACGGUGGGAGCGAUGAUGCAGCAAGGAACCGAACUGGCUCCCAUAGGUGUGUCGACGAGAAUGCUGGCUGGAAGUUGGUGGUUCUUCUGCAUUAUUAUCGUCAACUCUUACACGGCCAAUCUGGCAGCUUGUCUCACGGCGGAGACACUGGUGAAGCGGAUUGAAAAUGUUGAAGACCUAGCUAACCAGAACGAAAUAAAGUAUGGCGCAAAAGCUGGAGGAUCGACCCUUUCCUUCUUUGCGAAUUCAGCUAAUCCAACUUACAAGAAAAUGUUCAAAUAUAUGACAGACAAUGCCGCCUCUGUCCAAUUCGAAUCGAAUGAAGAGGGCAGAGACAAAGUGCUAAAGGGCGAUUACGCAUUUUUGAUGGAGUCUGCCUCGAUAGAGUACCUGAGCGAGAGGGAGUGUGACCUGACCCAAGUCAAUGGUCUCCUAGACCAAAAAGGUUACGGCAUCGCUAUGAGAAAAAAUUCGACCUACCGAAAUGAACUCUCGUCUGGAGUUCUCAAAUUGCAGGAGAAUGGAAUGCUUGCAUCACUAAAAACUCAAUGGUGGAAACAAAAGAGAGGAGGUGGCAGUUGUGAGAAAGAUACUAGCACAGGAGCACCGACACCUUUAAAUUUGUCAAACGUAGGAGGAGUUUACUUGGUAUUAGUGGUUGGCAUUGUGUUUUCAUUUUUCUAUUCACUGGUUGAACUUUUGUGGGAAAUAGGCUACAACUCAUUCAAACAUAACGCCUCAAUCAAAGAGGAACUCAUGGACGAGUUUAAAUUUAUUUUACAAUUCAGCGGAACUAGUAAACCAGUUAAAAAUAGAAAAUCAAUUUCGAGUAAAAGUGAAAAGGAUUCCCAAGACUCGACUCCCCCUUAUGGUUUUGUCCCAGCUGUUGUAACUACGGGUCCGCGUAACGAAACUGAAACGUAACUUGAAAAAUAUCUUGAAUAACCUUAACAAUAAGUGAGUAAUGCUAUUACUUAUAAACUGAAUAAAAUCAUUUUAAUAAAAAUGUUUCAAUUAUUUAUUAAUUUAUAACCUUUUAUUAAUUUCUUUAAAUAUUUUAUUGAAGGCAAUUGUUUCUUAAGUAGGUACAAAAAAGAAAAACAAAUUUUGUAAUCCGUAAAAUAAAUCUUUAAUUUCAUUUCAGUCACAGCUGUCAAAUAUAUAUAUAAUAUAUAACUUAC